CAAACCCGAGCCCCCCAAAAGUUUUUAGCAUUUGUUUUUGUCGACUACAUACAACCUUAUCUUUGGUUGGACACUUGUGAAGUCCAAAUCUUUCUGCGCUUCCGCAGUAAAUAUACCCGGUCACUAGCGACGUAUUCCUUGGAACAAACAUCCAAGAUGUCCAUGAUCACUACCUCCACUUGGGUGCCCCGGGGCUUCGCGGCGCCCUUCCCCUCAAAAUACACAUUUGACGAGAGCGAGUACGAGCGCAUAGCCGAGCUCGCCAAGCUGCAGCUGGACGAUGCCGAGGAUGACUUGAAGGAAGCGCAGGAUGCAGAAGACGGUGUUGCGGCCAGUGCUACAGACGGCGCAGAGGAGUCGAAGACGGAAAAGGUUAACCUCGACGACGAGGACCUGAAGGAAUACGAUCUAGAGCACUACGACGACAGCGACGAGGACGACGAGGAAAAGGUUGGUCAAGGCGAGGGCAUGGCCAUGUUCGGCAACAUCAAGUCACUGGCCUACUAUGAAUCGAACAAGGAAGACCCGUACAUCACGCUCCACGGCAACGGCGGGCCGGACGACGAUGAAGACGAGGACCGCGAGGACCUGCAGAUCCUCGCAACCGACAACCUCCUUCUUGCAGCAAAGGUCGAGGACGAGAUGGCUCACCUUGAGGUCUACGUCUACGAGGACUCGGCCGACAAUCUCUACGUCCACCACGAUAUCAUGCUCCCCGCGAUACCACUCUGCGUCGAGUGGCUCGAUAUCCCCGUGCAGAAGGCCGGCGUUGACCAGGACUCGAGGGCCAACUUUGUCGCCAUCGGCACCAUGGACCCGGACAUUGAGGUCUGGGACCUCGAUACCAUUGACAGCCUGUACCCCAACGCCAUUCUGGGCCAAGCCGGCGAGGGGGCCGCGGACAAGAAGAAGAAAAAGAAGAAGGCCAGGAAGGCCAACGAUGAGUACCACGUCGACGCCGUCCUUGCCCUCGCGGCCAACAGGAAACACAGGAACCUCCUGGCCUCUGCCUCCGCCGACAAGACGGUCAAGCUUUGGGAUCUUCACACGGCCAAGUGCGCCAAGUCGUACUCCUACCACACGGACAAGGUGUGCUCUCUCGCGUGGCACUCGAUUGAAUCGACUGUGCUGCUGAGCGGCAGUUACGACAGGACUGUCGUCGCCGCGGACAUGAGAGCCCCUGAGGCCAAGGCGCCCAGAUGGGGCGUCGAGAGCGACGUCGAGAACAUCCGGUGGGACCCCCAUGACCCCAAUUACUUCUACGUGUCCACGGAGAACGGAAUCAUACACUUCCAUGACGUCCGCAACGCGCCGGCGACACCCGAGGCGACCAAAGCCGUCUGGACGCUGCAGGCGCACGACGAGUCCGUCUCCUCCUUCGACAUCAACCCCGUCGUACCCGGCUUCAUGGCCACUGGUUCGACCGACAAGACCGUUAAACUGUGGAACAUUCAGGCCAGCGGCCCGUCCAUGGUCGUUUCCCGCAACUUGGACGUCGGCAAGGUCUUCUCGACGCAGUUCGCACCCGAUCCCGAGGUCGCAUUCAGACUCGCCGUUGCCGGCAGCCGUGGCACCAUGCAUGUUUGGGAUACCAGCACCAACGCCGGCGUUCGACACGCGUUUGCCGAGCGCGUCCCGCAGAAGCCGGAAGGCGUCGAGGAGGACCGUCUCGUCGGCGUUUUGGAUGACGACAGCAGCUCCAGCGAGGACGAGGACGAGGGCGAGGACGGCGAGAAGGACGGAGACGACUCGAUGGACGAGGACUAAGGCGAAGAAAGCCAAUCAUGUGGGUCAUUCACAUGUUGUUGCCAGGUACAUCCUGUAAGGCAUCUGGUCGAGGAUCGUUAGGAGAAUUACCCGCGGGCUUGGCCGGAUGAAUCGAAACAGUAGGCGGCCGAGUAGCUCUCCGGCGCCAGCCCAGACCUUGGGAGGCCGCAAACACUGAUGGCGACGAUUCUGGGACGGCCGGCGCCCGUUGAGGGCGGGGGAAUUGGUCGGACUAGAGUACGCCGUGUCGGGGAGCAGGUUUCGAGCCGUGCGAAGUAGUCUCACAAUCGUCCAAAGUUCAAUGCCGUCGUCCGAACAGUAAUAAGCAUAGACCACAUCAGUUUCGUGGAGACGGGCAGAUGGCCAACACUGUCAAACAAUGGGCCCAAACCGGGAAAACGAUUGGUGACGAACAGUCUGUCAGAGAUUGAUGUAGAGGAACCGCGGCCCCCGAUGGCAUCGUUGAGUAUGAACCCGAAGGUCAUAGAAUGAAGAACUGUUCCAGCGAGUAAAGGAGUUCUACACAGUUAAGCAUUAACAUAUGGAAUGAAGGAGGGGGACGAGGGCGACGGACCGCAGCAGCUAACAUUUUCAUGCGCACACAUUAUGAC